AUGGCUUCCCAGAGAAGAAUCCCGAUCCUGAGCCAGCUGAAGCAAGCGGUCCAGAAGGUCAAAUUCCUUCUCUCCUUCGACGCCACCAGCUGGAUGCUCUCCUCCCUCAGCGGCAAUAAACGUUCACCGGGCCGCGGGCUCAGCUUCCAGGCCCGGCCGAGCCUGCUCGACUGCUCCGGCUCCUCCUCCUCCUUCGGCGUCGUGCGAGGGACGUCGCUCUCCCGGGCGUCGUCGCUCGCCCUGAGCUCGCCGGAGACUCCGGCGACCGCGAUGUCGCGAUCGACCAGCGACGCUUCCGCUUCCGGAGAGGACAUUAAUUUGAAGGCGGACCGAUUCAUCGAGGGCUUCUACCGGCGGCUGCAGAUGGAGAGGCAGGUCUCGCUCGAGCUGAGCUACCUCAAAUCAAAGAGCUUGGAGAAGACACCCUCCCUCGAAUUUAAUUAA